AUGCCUCGACAAAAAACACGCAAUAAUACGACCUUAUCAUGCUUCUAUUGUCGACAGAGACAUGAAAAAUGCGAAAGACCUCAUGGGGAAGACAUCUGUACAAACUGUAGAGAACGCAAUCGGCUCUGUGUUUUUAUUCCUGGUAACAAACGUGGUCCAAAGCCGCGAAUGCAAAAUACUGGGCUUGCAAACCUCCAGGCUUUUUCAAAUUUUAAUCCUUAUACACCUGGCAUCGAAAAUAGUUCACACCCUGUAUCAAGAGCAUCUUACACUCAAUCUCAACACACGAACGGUAUUGAGUGCUAUUCAUUUCCCACACCAGAAGUUUACAUCCAGUAUCAAUUCACGCCUAGUACCGAGAGCUAUUCACGCCUGGCACCAGGAGUUUACAACCAGUAUCAAGAGCCACUUACACAAAGUAACUCGGGCAGCUUAUAUCCAGUAUUGGGGACUACUGAAGUACUCCAAAAUAUGUUCAUUAAUCAACCCUCCUUAACAUCUUCCUCUUUUACCCACGAAGAACCCACGCUAAAUAUUGAUCCUUCAACUAUUGAUCCUUCAACUAUUAUUGAUCCUUCAACUAUUAUUGAUCCUUCAACUAUUAUUGAUCCUUCAACUAUUGAUCCUUCAACUAUUAUUGAUCCUUCAACUAUUAUUGAUCCUUUAACUAUUGAUCCUUCAACUAUUAUUGAUCCUUCAACUAUUAUUGAUCCUUCAACUAUUAUUGAUCCUUCAACUAUUAUUGAUCCUUCAACUAUUAUUGAUCAACUAUUAUUGAUCCUUCAACUAUUAUUGAUCAAGUAUUAUUAA